CACCACCCCUUAUCUUUUCUUCCUCAGGACUCUGGUGGUGUGAAAGGCAGACAUGAAUGAAUAGAUAGAGGAAGAGAGAGAUAUCGGAACAGAGGAGAGAGAGAGAGAGAGAGAUGGCGGGUGGCGGUGGCGGAGAGGAGACGAAUUUGGAGUACACGCCGACGUGGGUGGUGGCGGUUGUGUGCAGUGUGAUAGUUGCUAUGUCCCUUGCUGUUGAGCGCCUCCUUCACUACACUGGCAAGUAUCUGAAGAAAAAGAAACAGAAGCCUCUUUUUGAAGCCUUGCUAAAGAUCAAAGAAGAGCUGAUGCUGCUGGGGUUUAUAUCACUACUCCUCACAGUGUUCCAAAAUAGGAUUAACACGAUUUGCAUAUCCAAGCACUUGUCUGGCAAGUGGCUUCCCUGCAAGAAAGAAGAUGAUACUAGUACUGCCCACUUCCAGACCUCCUUCUCUUCCUUCACUUCUGGGAAUGCACGCCGACUUCUUGCUGAAGCCUCUGCCUCCACUGAUCACUGUGAUAAAGAGGGGAAGGUCCCAUUGUUAUCUACCACAGCACUCCACCAUCUACAUAUCUUUAUCUUUGUGCUAGCCAUCGUGCACGUGACUUUCUGUGUACUCACAAUUCUGUUUGCCAGUGCAAAGAUACGUCAGUGGAAGCACUGGGAGGAUGCCAUACAAAAGAAAGAAUAUGAUUCGGAAGAGGUUCUGCGAACAAAGUUUACAAAUGUCCAAGAUCAUGCUUUUAUCAGGGAUCGCUUUUUGGGCAUCGGUAAAAACUUGACCUUUCUUGGUUGGUUGCAAUCAUUCUUCAAGCAAUUUUAUGCUUCUGUGACCAAGGAUGAUUAUACAACAAUGCGCCUCGGUUUUAUAAUGACUCACUGCAGGGGAAAUCCAAAAUUUAACUUUCAUAAGUAUAUGAUCCGCGCUCUUGAUGCUGAUUUUAAGAAAGUUGUUGGAAUAAGUUGGUACCUUUGGAUAUUUGUGGUCAUCUUCUUAUUGCUCAAUGUUCAUGGCUGGCAUGCAUACUUCUGGAUAUCUUUCAUUCCCUUUUUGCUCUUACUCGCUGUUGGAACAAAGCUGGAGCACGUGAUAAAUCAACUAGCGCAAGAGGUGGCCGAGAAGCAUGCAGCCGUGGAAGGGGACUUGGUGGUUCAACCUUCUGAUGAUCAUUUCUGGUUUCAUAGACCUCGCAUUGUCCUGCUGCUCAUCCAUAUCAUCCUCUUCCAAAAUGCUUUUGAGCUCGCUUUCUUCUUCUUCAUCUGGGUUCAAUAUAGUUUUGACUCGUGCAUAAUGGGAGAAGUCGGUUACAUAAUCCCAAGACUCGUGAUAGGGGUGCUGGUUCAAUUCAUGUGUAGCUACAGCACCAUGCCACUCUAUGCGAUAGUUACCCAGAUGGGAAGCACAUUCAAGAAGGCUAUAUUUGAGGAACACAUACAUGAGGGGCUCGCUGUCUGGGCCAAGCAUGCAAAAAUGAACAAGAAUGCAAGAACGACGGCGACUGAAACAGGAUCGACCACCACCCCGGUGGACCCCAAAGAGACUUCCCAAUCCCAUGACGAGCCCACAAAAGAAGCUGAGAUCCAACAUGAUCCUUCGAUCCAGGGACCUAAAGAGAUGUAGCAACCAUCUGAAACAUUCCUUUCCAAUUUCCAUGUCUCGUCAUCUAUAUACUUCAUAAAUGGGAAACUCGGCCCGCUUUUUCUAGCUUGACGUUAAUUAUAUUGCAUAACCAGACACCAAUCAAUAUUCAACAAAGAUUACCCUUC